GACGGAAGUCUUUUGGCGUGGUUUUGGCGCGUAUGUUGUGCGGCGAACAAAAAAUGUUAUUUUUAUAAAUAAACUUUAAUAAACACGUGUUUUGAGAACAGUAAGCAUAUUCUUAAACCAUGGGUGACCUGCAAAAGAUACGAUCGGAGGUCAACAAUGCAUUCAAGCUUAGCGGCUUUACAAUACGUCGCGAAGCCAGCACCUUUGUGACCGAACAGGUUUCCUCUCUAACGCCGCGCGAAAGAACUAAAAUGAUCGACAAGUUAACCGCCCAUUUAAUGCACCAGUGUAUAUCCCAGCCUAUUUUAGAGAAAGAACAUCUAGAAACCGCUUAUAGGGAGUGUUCUACUGCCGGCCUUGAAGAAACCGAAUCAGUACUAAGUGUGAUCGAUGCUUUUAGCAUUCCUAAACUGGUAUAUGAUAAUGAAAGGAAGAAGUUCAGUAAAAGCGUGAGUACCGACCGCCACUUGUACCCAGAGCCUAAAUGGAAAGCCCAGUACUUGAUAGAUAGAUAUACUAUUAUUUGGCAAAGGACUGUUAGAAACAAGUUGUUUGCACAAGAAGUACUGCCAUCUAUGGAGCAAGAGAAACGAUUUCAGUUGAGAAAAAUUGAGGUUCUACUUAGUUCUUCAAGCAGAGUUGAUGAGGUUAUAGUGUUAGGUUUGUUAACUCAGUUAACUGAAGGCAAGUUCCACUUAGAAGAUCCAACUGGGAGUGUAGAGUUAGAUAUGAAGGAAACUAGGUACCAUUCAGGACUGUUUACGGAAAGCAGCUUUGUUCUAGCAGAAGGAUUCUUUGAAGACAAGGUAUUCCAUGUCAUGGGUCUAGUUCUACCACCUUCUGAGAGCAGGCCAACAUCAUUGAACUAUUUCGGAAACUUGAACACUUUUGGAGGAAAAUCGAAGAAUUUAUUAAAGAAUUCACAAAAUUUACUGAAAGUGGAGCAGGAGAAUGAAGAUGGAAUGAUUAUUUUCUUAUCUGAUGUUUGGCUUGACAAUCUCAAAGUGAUGGGGAAGCUAAAAACAUUGUUUACUGGUUAUAAUGAGUUCCCACCUAUCGCCAUUGUGUUUAUGGGAGAGUUUUUAUCGUGCCCAUAUGGAUACGAACAUAGUACACAGCUCAAAGCAGCCUUAAUCAAUUUGGCGGACAUGCUAAUUCCAUUCACAAAGCUAAGGGAACUCUGUAAGUUUAUCUUUGUCCCCGGCCGAGGAGAUCCCGCUGCACCUAACAUCCUGCCUAGACCGCCAAUCCCAAACUCUGUUACUAAAGAAAUAAGAGACAAAUUGGGAGAUUCAGUAAUUUUCACUUCAAACCCCUGCAGAAUACAAUACUGCACACAAGAAAUAAUCUUAAUAAGACAGGAUUUGGUCACCAAAAUGUGUAGGAACUCGAUACAUUUUCCCGAAACCGGUGAUAUACCAGACCACUUGACGAAAACAUUGCUGAGUCAGUGCACUCUAUCUCCGUUGUCUUUAGGAAUACAACCAGUUUACUGGAGGCAUGUGGAUGCUUUAAGCUUAUACCCGAUGCCAGACCUGGUCGUGGUGGCGGACCAUUUCCAGCCUUAUACGAGGGCAUACCAAGACUGCCAGAUUAUCAAUCCAGGAUCAUUCCCUAGGACAGAGUUUUCAUUUAAAGUUUACGUACCAGCAUCAAAGACAGUGGAAGAUUCACAAAUACCCAAAGAAGACGGUUGAUGAUGAACAAUGAUUUCUUUUGGGAACAAUAACAAAUCUAUACAGGAAAUUAAGAAGGUUUAAACUAAAUAAGGUUUUCAAUUUCACUUAAAUUAUUAUAGCCUCUUAUUGCUAAAAGCAGUUGAAUAGAAUGAUGUACAUGAUUUACUAAUUAACUCGGACGGUUUGUGACAAGUUAUUGUGGCUGAUUAUGAUGUUGUUAAAGGUCUACCUUACUAAAUCUACUAGCAAACACCAAAACCACACAACCUUACAAACCAUCUCAGUUAAAUGGUAGGGCUACUUUUUUAUAUUUAUUUUAUAAGCCAUACAUCUUCUAAUGAUUGUUAUUGAGGAAAAUUGGAAAAAUAAUACAAUUUAUGCAUUUUAAUUUUUGUUUAAUAUUGUAUAAACAAAUAUUUACAUCAAAUAUCUUUCAAAAAAUCUAUUGUACAGUGUUGGAGCAUAAAAUCACUAUGAAAAUGACUAAUAGAAACAUUGGCCACUUACACAAAAUGGCAGUGUCAGAUUUUGUAUUUCAUAUAGAAAAAUAAUCCUCCUUGUAUAUUGAGAGCAUUAAAUAACAUUUAAAUCGGAAGAAAGAAGGGAUUCUAGGUUAGUACAUGUAUAGUCGCCAUCAGAUAUAUCGGAGCAGGCAGCGUGCUCACAAAUAUCUGAACACGCCUCUAUUGUCAGACAUUAGUGUGUGUUCAGAUAUUUUUGAGCACCUCGGCCGCUCCGAUAUAUAUGAUGGCGACUGUACGUACGUACGUACGUAAAAUAAGGAAGAUAAUUAGUGAGAAAGAAAGAAAUUAAAGUAAAGAAAUGAUAGAAUAAUCUUUGAUUUGUAUAGAUUACCAAUUGAUUAUGGCAGUUUAAUUACGAAAGUGACCUUUAAUUAAUAUUACUUCAUGUGUUACUUAUUCACUAUAAGAUUCAAAUUGCACCAUACUUAUAAAUAAAUAUUCAUUCAUAAUAAAUAAAUAUUCAUUCAAAUAUUCAUUCAUAAUAAAUAAAUAUUCAUUCAAAUAUUCAUUCAUAUUA